UUUGCAUGCAUUUUCGGCAAAAGGGGAAAAUCUUUUGCAACCGCAGAUUCACGUGUACAUUUGUAUAUUAGAAUACAAGGUUUCUAUUAACUUUUCAAUCUCUAGUCUGAACACAAUGAAAGACACGCUUUUCCUGGUUUUGCAAAUAUUUUUAAGCCACUCAGCCCUCAAGCAAGUGCAUAGUGCUGACGUGUCGCGCGUAAGAAAGACUGCAGGCAGCAAUCAAACUGUCGGUGUGAUCAGCGUUGCUCCUCGCUACCAAACUUUGUCUGAAAAUAUCAAUCAAGUUCGCUUCCAGUGUUACAUGAAUGGACGGCCUUCACAAGAAGGACAAGCGAUGUGGAUAAGGAACGAACGUCGUAUUUAUUGUGUACAAUCGAAUAGAAUAUUUGCCUGUGGCAACAUUCUCAUUAUUCAACACGUCAGCGUAAGAGAUUCUGGACACUAUCGCUGCGUUUCAAGUAGCAACAAUCAAAGCUUUUAUGAAGUAUCAGUUGUAGUUCCAGCUUCGAUUAUUAAUUCUGAAGAUGCUAUUGUUCGUGUUGACGUUGCUGCUUUGAAGAGCGUUCAAAUAGAGUGUCACGUGCGUCAAGAUUCUUUUCCAAAAUCUGUUGAAAUAUUAUGGCAGUAUGGUGACUCUUACAUUGCUACUGGAAACACUCUACAGCUCAGGGACAUCGACCAGAACAAAACGGGAGUGUAUACAUGCAGCGCAUCUAAUGGAUACGGAUAUCCUGCUACAAAGUCUUUCUAUAUCGUUGAGCUUGAGACAACGACAACAAUGGCUACAUCAGACGACAAAUUAAAGUUCGUCAAUUCGAUGAGUCGCCAGUCUCCGCCGUCAGUGGGCCUACUAUCCUACAUGGUCAUAAUUUCAACACUUUAUUACGGAAUUUCCUUAUUCUAAACUCACAAUAUCGAAAGUCUUUUUGUGUAAAUGCCAAGUAAUUCGUAUGUGAUUUUUAAAAAUGAAACAAGAAAACGUACUGAACAGUUUAAAGCGGUGAUUUAUAGUUUUAAGUUGUUGUCUAAUACAUAUACAUAUACACAUAUAUACUUUUGAUUGGCAUUUGUUAGUUAUAUUACACAACAACUUACUUCAAGACGCACAACGUA